ACACCCCGGCUGUGUUAAUUUGGCAGCGUGUGCUGUUCACUUGUACAUUACUCAUCAAGUGGCGGACAAGUUGUAGAAAUGUAGAGGCCAAACCAUCAAAAAGCCAAACUACUCCACACAAGACACCGUAUGCACAAACGAUCAACAUUCCCAUCAUGCCCAUCCAGCGUGACAUCAAAAGCGGCGUCCUAGGAAGCCAGCCACCAUUCCAUGCCUUCCCCUGCCGAUUCCACCCCCUGCUACUACCAGUCUCUCUGCCUUCCAAGAAAUGGCCACCGCGAAGCCAGCCUCUCCCUCGCCGCCGCCGAGCACCGCCGUCGUCCCGGCCGCCAAUACCGCAGCAGCCGCGGACAAGCCGGCGGUCGAGCAGCUCCUGGAGGUGGCGGAGGACGAGGUCGUCAUCGACUUCAAGCCCAACGCCAAGUGCCGCGCUGACCUCCGCCUCCGCUCGCUGCACCCGUCCCUCCCCGUCGCCUUCAAGGUCCAGACCUCCUCCCCUCUCAAGUUCCUCGUCAGCCCCCCGCGCGGCGCCGUGCAGCCGCUCUCGUCGGCCUCCCUCCGCGUCGUGCUCCGCCCGCAGCAGCACGCUCCCGCGUCCUUCCCGCGCUCCCGAGGCGACCGCUUCCUCGUGCUCUCCUCCCUCUCCGCCGCGCACCUCGACUCCUCCGCCUCCUCCAGCGCCGCUACCGGCGGCACCACCGCCAUCCGCCUCCGCGUGUUCUUCGGCGGGCCGUACCUGCUCCGCCUCGCGGCGGAAGCCGGGGACGCCGCGGCCGUGCGCCUCAUCCUGCGCCGGCAGCCGCACCUCCUGCCGCUCCUGGAGCCCGAGGCGGCGGUGCCCGACGGCGCCGAGCAGUGGGCGCCACUGCACGCGGUGGCCGCGAGGGGGGACACCGGGGAGGUGAGGCGCCUGGGGCCGGACUCGAUGGGAGCGCGCGACCGUGAGGGGAGGACCGCCCUCCACGUUGCCGCCGCGGCCGGGGAGGCGGAGGCGGCGGCGGCGCUGGUGGACAUGGGCGCCGACGCCGCGGCGACCGACGCGCGCGGGAGGACUCCACUGGACGUCGCGCGCGAGAAGGGCUAUCAAGAAGUGGUGGACGUCCUGGAACGGUGGGAACUGGUCAUGACGGCGGCGAGGCGAGGCGACCUCCAGAGCCUCGAGUCCCUCCUCAGCAAGCGCGCCGGCGUCCGGGGACGUGACCAGUACGGCCUGACGGCGCUCCACCUUGCUGCCAUCAAAGGGCACUGCGACGUGAUCGCGCUGCUCGCCGGGUCAGGCUGCAUGGACAUCGAGUGCGAGGACGUGGAAGGGCACCGCCCGCUGCACCUCGCCGUCGAAGGCGGCAGCGCCGAGGCCGUCGAGCUGCUGCUCGACAUGGGCGCCGAAGUGCACGCCGCCACCAGGCGGGGCGCGACGCCGCUCCAGAUGGCCGUGACGAUGGGGUACGAGGCCAUCGCGCUGCUGCUGCGAGGCCGUGGCGCCGACGAGGCGGCCGCGCCGGCGUUGUGCAUCGCGUCCUCGUCUUCCUCCUCGAUAUCGUGUGCGUAGAUUCGUUGUGUCCACUGCUCAAUCCAGAGUUGUUGUUUAUACUUUGUAAUUUGUACCAGGAGUCUAGGUGACAGUAUUGUACUGUAUAGUUUUAUAGUUUACAGAGGUGAUUGUUCUGUUUUUGUCAGUAACUCUUGUUAAGCAAAGUGAAUGUUUGCAUCGGAUUCCUUUCUUUAUAGUUCGAUAUGGGGAACAAUUAAUAAUUGUUGAUUUCAUAGGCUGA